GCUCUAAAUUUCAGAUGCAUAUGGCACUUCAAUUUCAAUUAUUUCUUGUCAACAGGUUAAACAAUCAAGCUUAUAUAACUUAUUCCGCCUAUAAAUAAGAACAGUUGUUUAUGUAGUGAACUUUUUUUACAGAUAAAAAAAAUAAGCUUCACUUCAUAGUUGUUCACUAUAACAAGAUCUCGAGGAAUUUAUAAUCAGAAAUGAAGAUUACAUCACUUUUCACAUUGAUUUCGAUAUUUGUAGCAGCGAACUCUUGUCAUUUGGACAAGUUGGUAGACACAUAUUCAGGACCGGUCCAAGGAUUUUUGAACUACGUCGACGAAGAUCCAGUAGAAAUAUUUUUAGGCAUACCCUUUGCCGAGCCUCCAAUCGGAAACCUGAGAUUCAAGAAACCAAGGCCUGUGAAGGCAUGGACCGAAACCUUGGAAGCCACCAAUAUGCCUCCAGCCUGUGUUCAGUACAUGGAAUAUCCCUUUCCUUGGGUUGACCACCUGCCAGGCAAAAGCGAAGAUUGUCUCUAUCUGAAUAUUUACGCUCCUGCCGACGCCAAAAACGGAAGUAAUUUGGCAGUUUUGUUUUGGCUCUUCGGUGGAGGAUUUACUUAUGGAUCCAAUCGGAUGGAAGUUUAUGAUGCAAGUGCACUCGCAACCUACGGGAACGUGAUUGUGGUAACCAUAAAUUAUCGGUUGGGUGUUUUUGGAUUUCUGACAUCUAAUUCGGAAGAUGCCCCUGGAAAUGCAGGCAUGUACGAUAUGGUAAUGGCAUUGCAAUGGGUGAAUGAUAAUAUCGAAUCAUUUGGCGGUGACAAGCAACGAAUCACUGUGCAUGGCGAAAGUGCAGGAUCUAUAGCUAUAAGUUACCUCUCUACUUCACCCCUUGCCAAGGGUCUGUUCAGCAAAGCUAUUCUGCAAAGUGGUGCAGCCCUUUUCCCCAAAAAUAAUCAACUUGAACAUAAUCUGGCUCUCAGUCAGCGUGUAGCCGAAGCUGUUGAUUGUGCAUCUGAAGAUAAGACGAUUGAGAAUGACCCAGAAUCUGUAGUCAGCUGCCUACGAAGCAAAAAUGCUAUUGACCUUGCUUAUGCCCUUUGGUCUUUCAAUCCUACGAUUCCCCGGUCCUUCUUCCCGCAAUACGGUGACGAUCUGCUGCCCAGGAAUACCUUGGAAGAAAUUCGUAAAGGCAACUUCCAUAACGUUCCCCUGCUGAUCGGUAACAACAAAGAUGAAGGAUCUUUUCAGAUCACCACAAAACAACCCGACAUAUUUGGAUUCUUCGGAGAUAAGAAUCCAAUCAUCAACAAAACGCUAGCAGAGGAUAUGAUUCGAAGCAUUUUUCAAGGAUUUGGCAAUCCUGAAAAAUAUGUUGAUCACUAUCUAGGUAGUGUACCAGAUGAUGACUAUGAUACCAUCAAGAGGCAAGUCUACACUGCAUCUGGUGACAGCAGUCUUCUGUGCAAGACAGCCUACUUUGCCGAGAGCUAUGCUGAUCGGAACAAUGAUGUCUAUUAUUAUUUGUUUUCUCACAGACCUAGUAAUACUCUCUGGUCUCCAUGGAUGGGAGUAGCACACGCUGAAGAGGUCCAGUUUGUUUUCGGACGACCAAUUAGAAAACCUCAACUUUAUGAGCCUACUGAGUUGGAAUUAAGCAAGAAAAUGAUCGAGGUCUGGACAAAUUUUGCAAAGACUGGGAAACCAAGCGAUUCCUUCAAUUGGCCAAAGUACUCCAAGGGAAAUCCUACAUUUGUGUACAUAGACACAGAUUUUAAAGGAGAUAAUUAUGGAACAGGCCCUCAUCUCGAAAAUUGCAAUGUUAUGAGGGAUUAUUUUGGAUUGUAA